CAAAUCCCAUGAUCCUCUCUUUCAGUGCAUCCUGAGGAGGAGGAGGAAGAAGAAUCUCACCCCCCCAAAAAAACUUCGGUGAGUUUCCCUCCGCAGCAAAAUAAAGUCCUCAGGCUUCUAGCAGAGCUCACGCACUCCUGUCACCGUCGUCCUGAACCGGGCUCCGGCUAUUCCCUGCUUCCACGUAGAGUUAACGCACAGGUGCCAUGGCAGAGCGGGUGCUGGUGGUUGGCAGCGGAGGGCGGGAGCACACACUGGCCUGGAAGUUGGCCCAGUCGCCACAGAUCCAGCAGGUCCUGGUGGCUCCGGGUAACGCAGGCACCGCCAACUGUGGGAAGAUCAGCAACUCUGAGGUAUCUGUGAGCAACCACACCAUCUUGGCUCAGUUCUGCAAGGAUCAUCAUGUGGGGCUGGUGGUGGUCGGGCCUGAGGUACCGCUGGCUGCAGGUAUCGUCGAUGACCUGACGGCAGCAGGAGUGCCGUGUUUUGGCCCCUCUGGAAAAGCAGCCCAGCUAGAGGCCAGCAAGAGCUUUUCCAAGGCGUUCAUGGAGCGGCACGGCAUCCCCACGGCCCGUUACGGCUCCUUCACCGACCCCCAGGAGGCCUGCAACUACAUCCGCACUGCCGACUUUCCUGCUCUGGUGGUGAAGGCCAGCGGCCUGGCAGCCGGGAAGGGGGUCAUCGUGGCCGGAGACCAGGAGGAGGCGUGUCGGGCUGUGAUGGACAUCAUGAAGGACAAAGCCUUUGGAGCUGCAGGGGACACGGUGGUGGUUGAGGAGCUUCUGGAAGGAGAGGAAGUGUCUUGUCUCUGUUUCAGCGACGGCACCUCUGUGUCGCCGAUGCCUCCAGCGCAGGAUCACAAGCGGCUGCAGGACGGUGACCUGGGGCCAAACACUGGCGGCAUGGGGGCUUACUGCCCCACCCCUCAGGUGAGUCCGGAGCUGCUGCAGCAGAUCAGAGAGACGGUCCUUCAGAAGACGGUGGACAAGAUGAAGGAGGAGGGAUCUCCUUACGUAGGUGUGCUGUACGCGGGGCUGAUGUUGACCAAGCAGGGCUUGAAGGUGCUCGAGUACAACUGUCGCUUUGGAGAUCCUGAGUGUCAGGUGCUGAUGCCCCUGCUGAAGAGCGACCUGUAUGAAGUGAUAAUGAACACCAUGAAAGGCACACUGGCUUCCAACACCCCCGUGUGGCACCACGACAGCUCGGCUGUCACGGUUGUCAUGGCAAGCCCUGGUUACCCUGGCUCCUACAAGAAAGGAGUAGAGAUCACAGGCCUCUCCCAGGUCGAGGACACGGGGCUGCAGGUUUUCCACGCCGGUACUUCCCUAAAGGAUGGGUGUGUGGUGUCCAGCGGUGGGCGGGUCCUGACUGUGACGGCGGUCAGUUCCUCCUUGGAAGCAGCCUUGCGUUCCGCCAAUCAGGGGGUGGCUGCCAUUGGCUUCCCGGGUGCAGUUUACCGCCGCGACAUCGGCCACCGUGCCAUCGCUCACCUGAACCAAUCCCGGUGUGUGUGAGUGUGGUGCACGCCAAAAAUACACACUUCCAACUGAAACAUUCUAUUUUUUGUGUGUACUUAUUUUUUUCUUCCCAUCAUCUCCACACUGUAAAUCCCAUAGAACUGCCUGAAUAAUAAACAUCAGUGUACAUGCA